ACAUUUUUUUCACUGACCUCGUCUCUCCCGCUCAAUCUCUGAAACUUUCCCUCUCAAUUUUUUCGCGGAAACUUUCAGUCAGCUCCCUCAAACUCUCGCACUGUCGCAGUCCUUCACUUCACUGAGCUCACUCUCGCAGUCGUUCACUCUCAGGUGACUCCCCAAACUUGGUCGUCCACUCCGUAAUGUCGUCUUCUCGCGCUGACUGACAGAGAAGAAGAACCUUCUUCUCGCGCUCACUCACUCUUCCUUCUUGUGGAGUUCGUUUCAUUGACUUGACGUUGGUGCAUUGUUAUUGAGGCGAGGGUGUUGCGUUUUGGGAAGAUUCAUAGUGGUAUUAAGACCAUGGAUCAAUUUCCAUCAAAUCGUGCAUGGAUGUAUGAUAGGAAUCAUAGAGGAAGAGGUGCUUUGAAGGUAUCUUUUGUAUUUGGAGUUGAAGAGUUUAUAACCAAAGCUUGUGAACAAGACCGUUAUCACAAUGAUGGGGGAGUUCGAUGUCCAUGUAUUAAGUGUGACUGUACAAAGAUUUUGGAGAAAAGAGUUGUGAAGGUUCACCUCUACAAACAUGGUUUCAAGCCUAAUUAUUUGAUUUGGACUGAUCAUGGUGAACAAAUGCCUGAAGGUGAUUUAGAUAAUGAUGGAACUUCAAUGGGUGUGGAGACGGAUGGUGAACGAAAUGACCAAUUUAUGUUGAUGCAAGACAUGGUGCAUGAUGUUGAUCGAUGCACAUCAUCCUCUGCCUGUGUUGCUUCUAAUCAAUCAACUCCCACCACAAAUGUUACACCAUCACCUCCUAUAAGUAUCCCAGGCACACAUUCAAGUUCAACAGUUAAUGAACUUGAUGUGGAAGAGGAUUCUAACCAUCGUCCUAUGAUUCGACCCAUUGGAGCAGGGUUUUAUCCAUCAAAAACUGCAUCAAAGGCCAUCACAGCCACCAUUAAGCAAAAGUUUGAUCAGCCAUGGCUAACAUGGGGAGCAAUCCCUAAGAGAGAGAGAGGUCUUUUCUUCCAGUGUUUUAAGUUGGAUCCUUUGAUGCUGAACCUAAAUAUUUCCCAUUACGUGAAAAUUGUACAAACCAGACUUCAUAUAAAGGUGUCAUGGAGGGUUGAGGAUGAGGAUAAAGUUCUAAAAAAUUUUCGCUCCAAAGCAUCUCAUAGACUAUUAGAAAUGUUUAGAGAAGCUCGAAAAGAAGGUAAAAAGCCUAAUUGGAUGGGAGAUAUAGUUUGGAAUGAUUUGUUGGAGAAGUGGAACAAGCCUACUUAUCGAAGAAAGUGAUAUAGCUAAGAAAAACCGUGGAUCUGAAAAAGGGGGAGUUUGUACACAGGAGGAUCUAUUAGUGUACAUGACCACGCUAUUCGUUUGUCGCAGGAGUUUGGUCGUUUGGUCCAUGUUGAUGAAAUCUUUCAACAAACACAUAUCCGUCAACAGGGGAUUUUGUAGAUGAGAGAUCUAGGCGGACAUAUGUUAAUUUCUAUCAACUCUAUUAUAUUUUACACAUUAAGUAUUUACUAUAUUAACGCAAACAUUUAAUAUUUCAACAGGAAGAAUUUCAAAUUAAACUUUCUCAAGUAGUAUCUAAGACUGCAUCUGUUGGUGUCUCACAAUGCAGUUCCCUAGACCCUGGUAAAGAGGAAAGACUAAAAAACAAAUGUUGGUUAGAGGCAGCAGGUGGAAAGCACAAGGGACGUGUAUAUGGGAUUGGGCAUGUUGAUUAUCAUAAUGAUUGUGUUGACCGUUAUUUACAACAAGCACAAGUAUCUUCAAGUGAGCAAGUAAAUGCAAAGGAGUUUUUAUUCAACUUCAAACGCAAUUAGCAUAUAUUGAGGAACGAAUUCGACAAAUCAAUUUCAAACCAGAUUUGACACCUUACGCGCAAUUAUCCCGUAUCUUCCGCCUUCUGCAGCAGCGAUUGCACAAAAUUUCUCAAACGUCGGAACAACAAAAUUAGUCGCAGGACAAUGAUCAAGUACAACCACAAUAGUAAGCACGAGAUGAAGAAAAUCUUUAUCAUGAUUGUUAGUAUAGAGAACCGUAAACACUAUGUUUGACUUCUUAUCAACCUUACACUUUAUUUAUGAGUAUUAGUCAUUUCUAUUUUAUAAUGUUUGGAUUUUAGGGAUUUUAAUGAAUAUUGUUUGAUUGUUCUAUGAAUAUUG